GGUUACUUCACAAGGGCCGCCAUUUUGCCGGGGUCUACAGGAUGUUGGGAUUAAUUUCUCGUCAAGCGCCUCGUCUUUUGAGACAACCAGGAUCUUUGAUCUUCAGGAGAAGUCUCGCUGAUGGUGGCCCUGCGGUUUCUCUUACAUUUGGAUCGCCUUCAGAGUCAUUUUAUUCAGAAGCUGAAGUGAAGCAAGUUGAUCUUUCAACCACAGCUGGUAGUUUUGGUAUUCUGGCCAACCAUGUUCCCACUCUGGCAACUCUGCGACCAGGCCUUUUGACUGUAACUGAUGAAGAAGGUGUUCAUAAAUAUUUUGCAAGCAGUGGUACAGUGACCAUUAAUGCUGACUCUACAGUUCAAAUUCUUGCUGAGGAAGCCCAUCCCAUAGACAGAUUUGAUCCACAGGCUGUUACCCAACAGUUAGAUCAAGCUCAACAAAGCUUAUCAAAUGCAGCAAAUGAUGAAGAGAAAGCAAAAGCACAAAUUGCAGUGGAGUGUCUAGAUGCUUUAAAUAAAGCCUUGGGACAUUGAUAAUAACUCAUUACUUCUCCUUUUUUUUUUUCUACUUGAAUAAACUCUGAAAGGCACACAAGAUUUCGACUGUGGUGGUGUUGGUGUAAUGUUUGCCUCUAACCUGUAAAAUCAUCAUUUGACAAUGUACUAAGUUUUUGUGGCCUCUUCAUGGCUCACCACUAUUAUAUCUUGUCUUCAGAAAAAGUGGCAAUGCAAAUUGCUUGUAGAGUUAUUUUGUAUUGAAUAAAAUGUGAUUAAAGCUUACACAC